AUGAUUUUCUUUAUUCCAUAAACAGAAAUGCUAUUUGUGUUUCUUCUUCUUAUGUUUAUUUUAUUUAUUUUGUCAGUUUCGACUUUCGGAGCCGUUUUGGACAUGGUGACAGAUAGGAUUAGCACUACUUGCCUACUAGUAAUUCUCUCCCAAGUGUAUAGGCCUGGCUCGGUUUUCUUGUCACUUCUUGCUUUAGAUAUUGGCAGCCAUUGGUUGCAGAUGUACAGUUCAUUCUUGGUAGGCAAAUUUAGCCAUAAAGAUGUAAAAGACAGCACAAACUGGCUAUUCAAGGCAUACUACGGGAACAGAAUGUUUAUGGGUUACUGUUGUAUAGCGUGUGAGGUUCUUUACAUAAUUUUGUUUCUUCUUUCAAAGGACACGACCGAAAAUUUGUCUGAUAUUUUAGUGAAUGCUGGAAAACAGAGUUCUUUACUUUCUGUCGUACUUCCCUUUCUUCUGUUUGGAUGGGCAAUCAAGCAAGCAGUGAACAUUAUACAGGUAUAAAU